AUGGCUUCCGCAGACGAGCUCAAGGCUCUCGGCAACAAGGCCAUUGCCGAGAAGAACUUUGACGAGGCUGUUGAAAAGUUCACCGAGGCCAUCAAGCUCCAGCCCGACAACCACAUUCUCUACAGCAACCGUUCUGCCGCCUACGCCUCAAAGAAGGACUGGCAACACGCCCUGGAAGAUGCCGAAAAGACGACUGAGAUCAAGCCUGACUGGCCCAAGGGCUGGGGACGCAAGGGAACUGCGCUGUACGGCCUUGGCGACCUUCUCGGUGCCAACGACGCAUACGAGGAGGGACUCAAGGUUGACCCUAGCAACGCUGGUCUGAAGAAGGAUCUCGCCGCCGUGCAGAAGGCUAUGAAGGCGGAGGCCGGUGGUGACGCUGGUGACCCUAGCCUUGGCCUCGGCAACAUGUUCAACGACCCCCAGCUCCUCCAGAAGCUCGCCGCAAACCCCAAGACGAGCUCCUACCUCUCCGACCCCACCUUCAUGGCAAAGCUCGCGCAAAUGCAAAAGGACCCCAAGGCCUCCCCCGACCUGUUCAGCGACCCCCGCAUGCUCCAGGUCCUCGGCGUCCUCAUGGGCGUCGACAUGCAGAUGGGCAUGCCCGACGACGUGCCCGGCGCCUCCAAGGACACCGAGAUGCCCGAUGCGCCCACCGAGUCGAAGCCUGCUCCCAAGAAGGCCCCUACCCCUGAGCCCGAGCCCGAGCCUGAAGAGUUGGACGAGGAGGCCCUGGAGAAGAAGAAGGCCAAGGAAGCCGCCGACAAGGAGAAGGCCCUGGGCACUGAGAACUACAAGAAGCGUAACUUCGACCAGGCUAUCGAGCACUACAGCAAGGCCUGGGAGCUGUUCAAGGACAUUACCUACCUUAACAACCUCGGUGCUGCCUACUAUGAGAAGGGCGACUACGAGAAGUGCAUUGAGGCUUGCACAAAGGCCGUUGAGGAGGGUCGCGCCAUCUACGCCGACUUCAAGACGAUCGCCAAGAGUUACGCUCGUAUUGGAACCGCCUACGAGAAGCAGGGCAACCUCGACGCUGCCAUUGAGAACUACAAGAAGUCGCUUACCGAGCACCGCACGCCCGAUGUCAACACCAAGUUGCGCGCCGCCGAGCGCAACAAGGUGGAGCAGGCGCGUCUUGCCUACAUCGACCCCGCCAAGGCCGAGGAGGCGCGUGAGGAGGGUAACAAGAAGUUCAAGGAGAGCGACUGGCCUGGCGCCGUGGCGGCCUACAGCGAGAUGAUCAAGCGCGCGCCCGAUGACCCCAGGGGUUACAGCAACCGCGCCGCGGCGUUCGUCAAGCUCCUCGAGUUUCCCAGCGCCGUUGAGGACUGCAACACCGCCAUCAAGAAGGACCCUACCUUCAUUCGUGCUUACAUCCGCAAGGCACAGGCCUUCUUCGGCAUGCGCGAGUACUCCAAGUCGGUUGACGCAUGCACCGAGGCGGCCAAGGUCGACCUGGAGCACCACAACGGCGCCAACGCGCGCGAGAUUGAGCAGCAGCAGCAGAAGGCUUUCAACGCCAUGUACUCGGCGCGCGAGAACGAGACGGAGGAUCAGACGCGGGAGCGGUUGGCGCGCGAUCCCGAGAUCAUGAGCAUCAUGCAGGACCCCAUCAUGCAGUCGAUCCUCCAGCAAGCGCAGUCGGACCCGGCUGCGCUGACGGAGCACAUGAAGAACCCCGACAUCAGAUCAAAGAUCCAAAAGCUGGUAGCGGCGGGAGUUAUCCGUAUCUUGCCAAGCUUGAGCGCACCGCCCCCUCCGGCUUGCACUGGUCUGGAGACGGCUCGCGGUCUUGGUGGUGUGCCAAACCAGGUCCACACUUGUUGCUCGUUCAUGAACUCCCCCAUGAAAGAAGCAUAUGUCCAACUCAUAGAAGUAAUAGCCUCGGGGCCCUCCGACCCAAAUGACACGGAGGAACAUGUCCGCCAGCUAAUCUCUUCACUCCCAUCCGUCCUCCGCUCCGUAGACGAGGACCAGCGGACAGCACUGCACCACGCCGCGCGCCUAGGUAGGGAUAACAUCGUCAACGCCAUCCUCGCGACGAACCCCGAGUCCGACGUCGACGUGCAGGAUGUCGACAAGUGCACGCCUCUGCACCUCGCCUGCCGCAACGGCCACGAGUCCGUCGUGCGUACGCUGGUGAGAAGCGGCGCGGACGUGCGUGCCGAGGAGAGUUUCCACGAGACGCCGCUGCACGAGGCAUCUCGUACGGGGCACGCGGAGAUUGUAAAGUUUCUGAUCGAGAACGGGGCCGUGGUGGACGCGCCGAACCAGGACCGCGGGACGAGUUUGCAUAUCGCGGCGCGGCGCGGCCAGGAGGACGUCAUCAGGGUGUUGCUGGAUGCCGGCGCGAACCCGGCGACGAAGGAUGCCGUGGGUGAUACGCCGCUCCAUGAUGCCGCGCGGGGAGGCCAUGAGGGAGUCAUCAUGAUGCUGCUCGAGACCGGCCUUGUGUCUAUCGAGGCGCAGAACGCGAACGACUUUACUCCGCUGAGCGUGGCGGCGCGGCAUGGCCGUGAUGCGAUUGUCAGGAUGCUGGUCGAGCAGGGCGCGGAUGUGGAUAGCAUGUCGAACGAGUACUGCACGCCGCUGCACCAGGCGGCAUCGGAAGGCCACGACGGCGUGGUGAGGAUCCUGAUCGCAGCCGGCGCGGACGUCGACCUUCAGGACAAGGACGACCAGACGCCGCUCCACGCGGGCGUCAUGUUCGAGCACGACGCCGUCGUAGCGAGUCUGCUCGCCGCGGACGCGGACGUGAACAUUCGGGACACGGAGGACUGCACGCCGCUGCAUCACGCGGUGAAGAACGAGAAUAAGGCCAUGGUCCGCGACCUCCUCGAGGCCGGUGCCGAUCCGACCGUCAUCUCGUCAACGGGCGAGACGCCGCAGAGCUUGGCGAAGCUGCUGAACCGGAACUCGAUCGCGGACUUGUUCAACGCGCCGCAGGUCAUGCCGAAGCAGUCUGUCCUGUCCAACUUCCGGCCGAAGAGGGUACGUCCCCCGUCGAAGCCGAACCAGGACGCCGAGAUCGAAGCGUGCCGGCACUUCAACGGGCUGUUCUGGUGCCCCACCAGCGACUGCAGCUUCGAUAGUCUCAACAUGUGGGACAUGUUGUACGACCCGGAGACGGAGAUGCGGCUGUCGCCCAGACCCAUCCCGACGAUGCCCAGCCCCGCGAAGAGCCCCGCGAGAAGUCCUGUGAGGAGUCCUGCGAGGAGCCCCGCGCAAAGUCCGACUCGCAGCCCGCUGAUUUCGCCGAGGACGAGCCCUGCGCAUUCGCCCCCGCAUACCCCGUUGCUGACGCCUCCUACCGGGGACGCCAAGGUGUUGAUGAUGAAAGACAUGAGGAAGAACCUCGACCAGUCGCGCCGCAGGAGUCCGCAUGCUCCGAGGGUCGUGAGGGAUGAGAAGCCCAUCAAGAGGUGGUUCCAUCUUCCCGCGAAUAACGUGGCGUGGGUGAUGGAUCUCGUACAGCGAAUCUGCGCCAUGGACCACCGGACUGAUGCGGAGUAUAACCGGAUCAUUGCCUUCAUCGAGGAGACGUUCCAUGAGAUGAGGACAGGGGAGCCGUACCGCCGGCCGCAUUUCAAGCAGGAUGUCGCGGCGACCGCCGAGCCCGUGCACCCGGGAGUCAGCGGUCUCGGGGUCGGAGUGGGGCCGACGACGCCGCCGCCGGUGCUGCCGCUUCCUCCGCCGCAGUCCAGGAUGUUUUCCCUGGUUUUGCCCGUGAUCGACGUUGACAUUGACGAGAGCACGAAGAGGAGCCUGCAGGAUGUGCAGAUUGGCGACGAGACGAAGAUCCUGCGCCCGCUGGAGAUGGUCGGCGGCGCAGGGAACGAGAGGAGAAAACAGGUCCCCGUCGACGUCCAGAGACGACACCCGCUGAGCGCCAUGCCGACCAAUCUCCAGCACUACUUGUUCCCCCACCUCGCGCACUUCGACGCGAUGGCGAAGUUGAGGGCCAGCUUCACAAAGUCGGAACUGCACGUCCCGCGGCCGCUGGACCAGUCGUACCAUGAAGCCCUCAGCGCCGCGGACCUCGCCUCGCGCAACGAGAGCCAGGUGCUCUUCCGGUACCUCCGGCGGGUGGAGGCGAGAUUGGCGGCCGCGAGGGCUGAUGGCGCAGAGGAGCAGGAGCCCAGUCCGCAGCCGCUGAUUGAGGAUUCGUUGGGCUCGACGCAGAAUCAGUCGCAUCAGCAGAAUGCGUUUGAAAGACGGGCGCAGAGAACGUUUUCCAGGCAGGGGAGCUCAAAGCAGAAGAAGACUGACGGGACGAAGGCCGAGCUGGGGAGGAUGGCUGGGCGGCAGGAUCAGGCUAGUAGCGUGCAGGCCAAGAUUUCUAAGGAGAAGAGGAGGAUGGAUAGCGAGAGGCGGAAGCAGAUUCUGUGUGUUGCGCAGCUGUGGGUUUGGAGGAUUGAUGAGAAUACUAUCAUCAGCGCGUUCCCUGACCGAUGGGAUAACAAGAAUGCCAAGACGCUUCUCAACGAGAUCAAGCACCGUGUUCUGGGGAUUAGGGAUCUCCGAUCUGAGGACACAGACAUGAUGCGGAUCGUGGAAAGCAUCCUCCAGAGCGCGGUGAGAUACAGCGAGGAAGAGUUCCACUUCCAGUUCGAGGGUCCCAAGAGUUACUGCACUGUCUUUGCGGCGUCCAUUGCUCAUGUCUCCAACGAAGGAAUGAAGCGCUACGCGGAGUUCAAGGCGUCCAUCAAGAAGAUGGGUACUUCCAAAACGGUGUUGGACGAUUUGCGAGCGGAGAUCGAGUUGUUGCAGGAGAUUGACGACAUUCGUGAGGAGAUCAACAUGAUCAAACGGGUACUCCGGUCUCAGGAGCGCGUGUUUGAAGAGUUUCGUCGGGCGGACGUUGAGGAAAAGAGCGUAGAUGGUAAAGACGUAGGCAAGGCGUUCAAGCAUCCUACACUGGACUUUUUCAAGAGACUGGAGGAAGAUGCGAAUCGCGUGCGGGACUCGAUCACCACGUUGCUGGAUUUGAGGCAGCGGGAGGCGAACAUCGAGGAGGCCUUGUCCGCGAGCGAGCAGUCCAAGAUUCUCUUCAUCUUCACAGGCGCAACUGUCGUCUUCACGCCUCUAUCCUUCGCCACAGGCAUCUUCGAAAUCAGCAUCGAUGGAUUACCAAGCCCUAUUGGCGCGGGCACUUUGAUUCUCGCGUGCUUUCUAAGCCUCAUCGCCACUCUCUUCCUCAUCGCCGUAUCUCUAAAGAUUUACGAAUUCAUAACGCUAGGCCAAGCAAAACAAAUGUACUUAAACUUCUGGAACUACCUCGAAAACUGGAGGAGAAAGCCGUCAACCGCCUCAAAGAGCUCGCCUCCUUCGUCGCUGGGAGCUUCAACGCAGUUCAGUAGGCAGAGAAGGUCUUCUCUGUCACAGCCCAUCAUGACGACAGCCAUUGGCGAGAAAAAAAGCGCGAGGAGACGGUUUGCUGUCUUGGGCCGGCCGAGACAUCGGAGGAGAGAUGAGGAGAAGGGCAUCUCUGGGAAAUAA